AUGUCGGCCACAAAAGCCUCAGUCGUGGAAGCAGAAAACGUCGGCGUAGCGCCAAAGAAGGGCUUCGGCGCGCGUCUUGUCGCCCACUUCAAGAAGUGGUGGUGGGUGCACUUGAUCAUUUUCUGUGCUUGCGUGUUGAUCAUCACAUUACCAGUUGUGUACGUCGGCUACCCCAGAAUCGCCCAGGAUGCCGUCAACGACUCGACCCUCGAGAUCAAGGAGAUGAUCGUCAGCGAUCCCACACCUGAAUCGAUCCAGCUUGAGCAGUUCCAAAUCAUCGGCACGGACAGCCCGUUCCACCCCAAGAUCUACGAGUUUGAUGCCGAGGUUUCGCUCUCCGGUGCAUCAACACCUUUCGGCACUGUCGUUGUCCCUGCUGUCAAGUCUAAGGACGGUGCAGAGGUUCACGUGGAGCAGAAGCUUGAUCUGACCGACGUCGAUGCCUUUGGCGAGUACAACAAGGCUGUUAUGUUGAAUGAGGAGUUCUCGAUGAACGUUUACGGAAAGCCCGGUCUUAAGCAGGGAGCUUUGCCUAAGACUACGGUGACCUAUAACAAGACCGUCACUAUGAAGGGUCUCAAUAAACUCAAGGGCUUCGACGUCCCCGAGUUCCACAUCAUCUACCCUCCCAAGAACGGCAUCGGCUUGAACGGCACAGCCAUGAUCCCCAACCCCACUGUGAUGACCAUCACCAUGGGCAACGUCACCAUGAACCUCGCCAUCGCCGGCAAACCAGUAGGAACAACAGUCCUGCAAAACCUCGUCCUGAAGCCCGGCAAGAACAACGUACCAAUGGUCGGAGACGUCGACCAAGCCUACAUCAUCAGCCUGCUCAUGUCGAAGAAAAACCCCUACAAGGAUGGCGUCGUGCCCUUCGACAUCACCGGAAAUUCCAGCGUGUAUCACGGCAAGGAGCUUCCGUACUUCACCACUGCCUUGAAGGCAAAUAAGAUGGCCAUUAAGCUGGAUGUUGGUGCUGCUCUUGGUGAGGUCGGGAUCAAGUUUGAGAAAUCUUAA